AUGGUCGACGUCGUCCGAACAAAGUCGGGCAUCUUCCGCUCCGCCCACCGUUCCACCCCAUCCACCGAUGCUUCUGCGGCAGCACAGCUCGCAGCCGCCAUGCCGCGGCCGCCCCGCGGCGUCGGCCAGACGUCGGCCUCGGACGCCGCCUCCGCCGCCGAGUUUGCCUCGAAAAAGUACGUCUGGGUGCCCGACCCGCACGCCGGCUACCUCUCCGCCUGGAUCAUCAAGGAAGAGGACGGCGGCGACACGUCCGUAUGCGCCCUCCAGGACGGCUCCAACCGCUCAAUCCCCACCUUUGAGCUCAGCAAGAUGAACCCGCCAAAGUUUGACAAGGUCGAGGACAUCGCCGACCUCACCUUUCUCAACGAGGCCAGCGUCGUCCACAACCUCCGGCAGCGCUACUUUAGCGGCCUGAUCUACACCUACUCCGGCCUCUUCCUGGUCGCCAUCAACCCGUACCACGCCCUGCCCAUCUACACGGAUGCCAUAAUCGCCGCCUACAAGGGCCGGCGGCGCGAGGAGAAUGCGCCCCACGUGUUUGCGCUCGCAGACGGCGCGAUGCGCAGCAUGCUCGACAACCGCGAGAACCAGAGCCUGCUCAUCACCGGAGAGUCGGGCGCCGGAAAGACCGAGAACACGAAAAAGGUCAUCCAGUACCUCGCCGCCAUCGCCGCCGACACGGCCAGCACCGGGAACGCGGGCGGCGCCGGCGGCGGCUCUGCGGGCGCGUCGCCGAUGGGCACGCUGACGCGGGCCAACUCGUCGCGCAAGGUGCUCGACCACCUCCAGGGCAUCCAGGCGGUGAGCGCCAAGCGCCUGGGCCUGCUCGAGCAGCAGAUCCUCCAGGCCAACCCCAUCCUCGAGGCUUUCGGCAACGCCCAGACGAUCCGCAACAACAACUCGAGCCGGUUCGGCAAGUUUGUCCGCAUCGAGUUCACCUCGCUCGGCGCCAUCGCCGGUGCCAACAUCGACUGGUACCUGCUCGAAAAGAGCCGCGUGGCGAUCCGCAGCGAAAAGGAGCGCAGCUUCCACAUCUUCUACCAGCUGCUGCGCGGCGGCGAGCCGGAGCUCAAGCAGAAGCUGCUCCUCUCGAGCUCGCCCGACGACUACGGCUUCCUCCGCGGCAGCCGCAAGGACGUCGAGGGCGUCGACGACCGCUCCGAGUGGCGGCUGCUGCGCGAGGCGCUCGACAUUGUCGGCUUCACGCCCGACGAGCAGCUCAACCUGUUCCGCGUCGCCGCCGCCAUCCUGCAGAUUGGCAACAUCGAGCUGGCCGACGACCGCUCCGAGCAGGCGCGCAUCACCAACGCGCAGCAGGUCGAAAAGGUGUGCCACGUCCUCGGCCUGCCGGAGCAGGAGCUGACCAAGGCGCUGCUGCGGCCGCGCGUCAAGGCGGGCCGCGAGUGGGUCACGUCGUCGCGCACGCGCCGCCAGGUCAUCGAGGAGAUGGCGGCGCUCAGCAAGACGAUCUACGAAAAGGCGUUUGGGUGGCUCGUCGAGCGCAUCAACCGCGCCCUCGACCGGCCGACGAGCAAGUCGACGUUUAUCGGCGUGCUCGACAUUGCCGGCUUCGAAAUCUUCGAAGUCAACAGCUUCGAGCAGCUCUGCAUCAACUACACAAACGAGAAGCUGCAGCAGUUCUUCAACCACCACAUGUUUGUGCUCGAGCAGGAGGAGUACGCGCGCGAGAACAUCGAGUGGGACUUUGUCAACUUUGGCCUCGACCUCCAGCCCACCAUCGACCUGAUCGAGUCGACGACGCCGAUCGGCGUCCUCUCGUGCCUCGACGAGGAGUGCAUCAUGCCCAAGGCCACCGACCUCACCUUCACCGAGAAGCUCAACCGCAUCUGGGCCACCAACCGCGACGGCAGCGCAAAGGACGCCUCGGGCGCCGCCGCCGCCGCAGAGAGGGGCGUCGCCCACGGCUCGACCAAGUACGCGCCGGCCCGCUUCGCCCAGGGGUUCACCAUCAAGCACUACGCCGGCGACGUCGAAUACCGCACCGAUGGGUGGCUCGACAAGAACAAGGACCCGCUCAACGACAACCUCACGCGCGUCAUGUCCGAGUCCAACGACCGCUUCAUCGCCUCGCUCUUUGCCGAGUACGCCGAGGCCGACGACGGAGGUGGCGGCGGCGGCAGCGGCAGCGUCGGCGCCGCGGGUGGAGCCGGUGGCCUGUCGGGCCUGGGAGCGGCGGCCGGCGGCCCGCCGAAGCGUCGCGUCAAGCGGGGCGCGUUCCGCACCGUGGGCCAGAGGCACAAGGAGCAGCUGGCCUCGCUCAUGACGCAGCUCGGCUCGACCCAGCCCCACUUUGUGCGCUGUAUCGUGCCCAACCCGGAAAAGAAGCCGGGCAAGAUGGAGGUGCCGCUGGUGCUCGAGCAGCUGCGGUGCAACGGCGUGCUCGAGGGCAUCCGCAUCGCCCGCCUGGGCUACCCGAACCGCCUCCUCUUCUCCGAGUUCCGCAACCGGUACGAGGUGCUGACGCCCGGCAUCAUCCCGCAGGGCUACAUGGACGGCCGCAAGGCAUGCCAGCGCAUGGUCGAGGCGCUCGAGCUCGACCGGUCCACGUUCAAGAUCGGCAGCUCCAAGAUCUUUUUCAAGGCCGGCGUGCUCGCCGAGAUGGAGGAGAAGCGCGACGCCCACCUCUACGACAUCUUUGCGCGCUUCCAGGCGGCCUGCCGGAUGUACACGGCGCGCCGCCAGAUGAAAAAGAUCCUCAACCGGGCGGCCGCGGUGCGGACCAUCCAGCGCAACGCGCGCCUCUACGUCGAGCUGCGCGAGUGGCCGUGGUGGCAGCUGUACAGCCGCGUCCGCCCGCUGCUCACCGCCACGCGCCACGACGAGGAGCUCAAGCGCAAGCAGCUCGAGCUGGCCAUGGUGACGGAGCGGGCCGAGCGCGACCAGAAGGAGCGCGAGGCGCUCGAGGCGCUCAAGUUCACCCUCGAGAGCGAGAAGAAAAAGGUCGAGGACGAGCUCGAGUCGGAGCGGGCGCUUCUGCUCGACAAGGACCAGCUGCUGGCGCGGUCCAAGGAGCGCGAGUCGGCGCUCGAGGACGACCUCGCCGCGCUCCAGGCCGACGUCGACCUGCUCGACGGCCAGCUGGAAAAGGCCAUCGCAUCGCAGAAGGCCACCGAGCAGGCCCACCAGGAGCUCCAGGUGGCGUUCGACCAGGCGGCCGAGCACCUGCUCCGCCUCGAGGCCGAACAGAAGGCGUGGACGCAGCGCGAGGCCACGCUCACCCGCGACGUCGGGCAGCACGGCCAGGCGGCCGACCAGCUCCGCGCCGACAAGCAGGCGCUGCAGGCCGAGCGCGACGAGCUGGCGCUCAAGCUGCGCGAAAAGGAGCAGGACGUCGAGCGCGCCCAGAAGCGCAUGGCGCAGGCCGUGGCGGAGCUCGAGGCCAAGCUGGCCGACGAGGUCAAGGCGCGCGACGACGAGAGGUCGCGGCUGACGCAGCUCGAGGACCAGACGCGCCAGUCGUCGUACCAGCUCUCGGAGCUGGCGCGCGCGUCGUCCGACCACGAGGCGCAGGUCAAGAAGAAGGAGGCGCAGAUCGCCGAGGUCAGCGCCCAGCUGGCGGCGCUGGCCCGCGAAAGGGACUCGAUCGCUCGCGAGGGCGCCGAGCUCAAGGCCAAGGCGGACACGCUCGCCUACGACCUCAAGCUGGCGCGCGACGAUGCGUCCAAGUCGGCCGAGGCGCGCGCCUCGGUGCAGAAGGAGCUCGACGAGACGCGCCGCCUGAUGGACGCCAAGAGCUCCGAGGACGUCAAGCAGAAGGAGCUCCACCGCAUGAAGGAGCAGGAGCUGCUCACGCUGCGGCAGCAGAUGUCGGAGGUGGAGCGCGAGCUGGCCGACCACCGGCACUCGAGCCUCGAGCAGAUCAACUCGCUCAAGGCCGACGUCGCGACGGCGCGCAAGCGCGUCGAGGAGCUCGAGCGGGCGCAGGCCGAGGCCGGCGAAAAGGUGCGCCAGGCCGACGCCCGGAUGGCCGAAAACGACGCCAAGCUGGCCGAGGCGGAAAAGGCCCAGCGCACCGCCGAGGCCGAGCUGCGCGACGCCCAGAGCAAGUCGGCCGUCCUCAACCGCGGCCUCCAGGACGCGCUCAAGGCCAAGGACACGCUCGACAAGCAGCUGCAGGCAGCGUCGGCCACGCAGCAGGACCUCGAGGACGCGCUGCUCGAGCUCGAGCGCAGCUCCAACGGCUGGAAGCACAAGGUCGAGCAGGUGACGGCCGAGCUCUCCGCCGAGUCGAAGCGGCGCGAGCUGCUCGAGUCGUCGCAAAAGCAGGCGGAGCGCAACCUCGGCAGCCUGCAGCAGCUCGUCGCCGGCAAGGACAAGGAGGCCGCCGAGCUGCGCAACGAGCUCGCCCUCGCCCAGCAGGAGAUGCGCAAGAUGCAGUCGAUGCAGAACAAGACAAUCGUCGAGCACGUCCACGUCCUCGAGGAGGCCAAAAAGUACACCGACCGCCAGCUGGUCGACGCCCAGUCGAAGCUCCAGGAGCUGGCGCACUACACAAAGACGCUCGAAAAGAGCAAGGCUCGCCUGAUUGCCGAAAACGAGGACCUGGCGCGCGAGGUGAGCAAGCUGCAGCGCGCCCAGGGCUCCUCGGCUGCCGUCUCGGGCGCGGGAGCGGGAGCGGGAUCGCGGAGCGCCGCCGUCACGUACGGCAACGUCGCGCCGUCGUCGUCGGCGUCUGGCUCGACGGACCGGGCCACCAAGAGCCUCGAGAACAAGGUCAACGAGCUGACGGCGUCGCUGCGGCAGGCGCAGCAGCAGCGCGACGAGGCGCAGUCCAACGCGCGGCGCAAGGACCUCCAGGCCGACGAGCUCGUCAGUCGGACGCGUCAGCAGUACGAGCAGCGCAUCCACGCCCUCGAGCGCGAGCUCAAGGCGUCGCAGAUGGCCAAGAGCACCACGUUCUCCAACAUCGAGCAGCUCGUCCGCGGCGGCGGCGGCGGCGGCGGCGUGGGGGAUGCCAAGGGCUCCAACGGUGGCGGCGGCGCCGACGACGCUUUCCGCCAGCGCAUCCUCGAGCAGCUCCGGCUGGGCCACGAGGAGCUCGAGCAGGACAUCAGCGCCAAGGGCGACCUGCUGCGCAGCCACAAGGCCAACGGCGACGCCGCCAACGGCAAAAAGGAGAAGCCCCUCUACGUGUACGGCAACGCGGCGCCCCGAGGAGCGGGCGAGAGCGGCAUCGCCGGCAUCAAAAAGGGCCUCUUUGGCUUCGGCGGCGGCAGAGGCGGCGACUCGGCCCCCGGCAAUGGCGCGACGGGCCUCCGCUCCGCCGGCUCGCCCACGAUGGCCAGUGCCAGCCUGCCGUCAUCGUCUGCGGCCAAGUUUGCCUCGGAGGAUGCCCGAGCGGGGCGAUGA